AUGGAAAAACUACCACCUAGCUACAGAAAGGAAUCUGACGAAGAGACGCCUGCAGUAGAAGCUGCUCAUACUCUGUAUGAUUAUGCCCAGAAUUAUUAUGAGCCCGAAAGCAUCGGUAUUAUCAGCUUCUGCCAUACUAUUGGAUAUAAUCAAGAUUUCAUAGCUUUGAUUGAUUUAAACGAGAGUAACUUAACUUAUGGCCAAAUUAUUAACAAAAUAACUUUGGGGAAAGGAGAGGAGAUAGGUCGAAUGAACUGGGCUCGCUCAGCAACGAGUCUGUCUGAUGUAACUUCGGUGGAAAGAACACAUCUGAUUGUUCCGUGUAUGAACUCUAAUCGCAUUUAUGUUGUUGAAGUUUUCAGAAAAACAUUACGUAUAGCUAAGGUCAUACGGAGUAGUGAGCUUCUCAGUCGCGAUGUUUCUACUCCAUACUCUGUUCACACUUUACCCAUAAAUGGAGCUCCAGUUCAUAUUUCAACUAUGGGGGAUCGUGAAGGACAUGCCAAAGGAGAUUUUGUGCUACUUGAUAAGAAGACCUUUGACAUCCGAACCAGGAAGAAAACAGACACUUUCAGUGGUUAUGGAGGAGAUUUUUGCCUUCAAACUCGUCACAACGUCCUUAUAAGCUGUGAGUGGGGACACCCAAGAAUAUUCCGAAAUGGUUUAUCAGUUGACGAUCUUGAAAAUGUUUCAACAAGUUUCGGUACUUCUAUACACAUAUGGCAAAUAGCCCCAGGGGUUCUCAAGCAAACAAUUGAGUUAGACCCCAGAUACGCACAGUUCACAACUUCUGUGCGAUUUUUGCAUAAUGCAGAUUGUAAUCAUGCUUUCGUAUGUUCAGCACUAGGUGGAAGUAUUUUUCAUUUACACAUGGAGUCUGUUACUGGACGAUGGUCAGCUGAUCAUAUCCUCACGUUCCCUCCAUAUAAAGUAACUAAUUGGAUCAGUAAUGAAAUACCUGCAAUGCUUACUGAUAGUGUUAUUUCGCUGGAUGAUCGCUGGCUCUAUGUCGCCGGGUGGUUACAUGGGUACAUUUGGCGUUUCGACAUAUCAGAUCCUUUUAGGAUUACAUUAUCAUGCAAGAUCCAUGUGGGGGGAAUAUUGGCUAGUCAACCAGGAAUCAGUUUUCAGCCGGAACAUAAUCAUUUAGAGAUCGAGAAGAGUAAUAAUGAAGCUCCUGGUUUUAGAGGUGGACCAGGAAGCUUGCAGCUCAGCUUAGAUGGACGUCGUCUAUAUGUUUCCAAUUCGGCCUACAAAGUGUGGGAUGCUCAGUUUUAUCCGGAGCUCUCAAGUAUUGGAGGACAGAUUUUACGCAUUGACAUUGGUAUCAAUGAGAUGACCAUCAAUAAGAAUUUUAAACUGGAUUUAGCUAAAAUGGCAGGAGGUCCUUACGUGGCCCGAGAAAUACAUUUUGGUUCCGGUGAUUGUACUUCUGAUAGCUUUCAUUGA